AUGAGUAUUGGGAAAUGGUUGGAGAUGGCAAAGAAAUGUCAAUAUUUGCCAGAAACAGAUAUGAAGAAACUAUGCGAAAUAGUCAAGGAGUUGUUAAUGGAAGAAUCAAAUAUUCAACCGAUUUCAACUCCAGUAACAAUCUGUGGAGAUAUACAUGGACAAUUCUAUGAUUUAUUGGAACUUUUUAGAGUAGGAGGACAGAUUCCAAAUACAAAGUAUAUAUUUAUGGGAGAUUUUGUGGAUCGGGGAUAUUUUAGUCUAGAAACAUUUACGCUUUUGAUGUGUUUUAAAGCGAGUUAUCCUAAUAAAAUCACAUUAUUAAGAGGAAAUCAUGAAAGUAGACAGAUAACACAAGUAUAUGGAUUUUAUGACGAAUGUCAAACAAAAUAUGGAAAUGCAAAUGUAUGGAAAUAUUGUUGUAGGGUUUUCGAUUUUUUAGCAAUUGCAGCUAUUAUAGAUGGAAAAAUUCUUUGUGUUCAUGGAGGAUUAAGUCCAGAAACAAGAACCUUAGAUCAAAUUAGAAUUGUUACAAGAGCUCAAGAGAUCCCACAUGAAGGUGCAUUUUGUGAUUUAAUGUGGUCUGAUCCAGACGAAGUAGAAACUUGGGCUGUUUCUCCUCGUGGUGCAGGUUGGUUAUUUGGAGAUAAAGUAACAUCUGAAUUUAAUCAUGUGAAUGAUUUAUAUUUAAUUGCAAGAGCACAUCAAUUGGUUCAAGAAGGAUUUAAAUAUCAUUUUAAAAAUCAAUCACUUGUAACUGUUUGGUCUGCUCCUAAUUACUGCUACAGAUGCGGGAAUGUUGCAAGCAUUAUGGUCAUAGAUGAAUCACUCGUUCCCAGAUUUAAUAUUUUCAGUGCAGAUAAGUUUAUAUAA